AUGAACCCAACGGCACUGGAACCAAUCACAAAUGGAUUAAUGAUGUUCUCUGUGUCCGCUGGUUCAGGCUCCAGUCCUGCCGUGGCACUGCGUGGCUCUGCAGCAGAGUUCACCAAAUGUACAAGAAGCUCAGUUAACGACGAUGCCCAGCUCGAAGAGAUAUGCAAAGGCGCAGGUAAAAAUAGCGCGCGUGUAUAUGUUUCUGGUUGA